AUGCGAUUGCCUGUCCCAGAAUUCCAGAAGGGGGCGGCAUGGCCAAUAGAAUUUUUACUCAACCGAGUAAUCAUCCGAACAGCCUUCUUUUCGCCAGAUAUACCUUGCAAUCUAGAGAUUUGCAAGCACGACGAUAUCCUCUUCGGACGGGGUGCUGCGGUCCUCCAUUUGAGAGAAGAAGAACCAAAAUGCUUCCUCUCCUUCUCCCAUAAAGUCCUCCAAGACGAUCGCAGUGCUAAUGUCCAUGAAAAGCGGUCAGAUGGCAUCGCGAUCAUUGAAUCGGUCGUUCCAGAAUGGAAAAAGGGGGCCAAUUGGCGACACGGCUUCACCGGCCGAAUUUCAAUUGAACUCUAUAAAAGAUGGCACCCUUUAGCCUCAGACUAUGAGGAACGAGAAGACUUCUUUGGAAGUGUUGUUUUGAGCAUUCACUCAGAGGGAGCCGACCCAAAAUGCUUCCUCUGCCUCUCCUCUGGACAGUCUUCAGCCGAUUGCGAGCCUCAUUCACCAGCACCUGGUAAUGGCGUAUCUAGACCUUCGAUGACCAGCGACACUAUUGCUCAGAAAUCUACAGAUAGCGUCGGGACUUUCAUCGGGAAGAACCAACCGUGUAGCUUCCCCGAUGUGGGACCUGUGAAACGCAAAUCGUCACACGACAGUAUCCGGUCUGAACUCAGACGGUCGGAGCGACUGACCAAAAGAGCUAGAACUUGA